UUUGCUGAGUUUCCUAUGAACUGUGCCCCAGAGGGAUUCUCCAACACACGUGAGCUCGCUCGCAGAUUUCCCCAGCCUACUGGACAGUUACAGCUGAGCCAAGCUGCUCCCUGGGAGCCAAAGAGGCCCCUCUGGGGGUGGCUGUGUAGUCUUCACAGGUGCCAUGACGCAGCAGCCCCAGGAGGACUUUGACAGAAGUGUGGAGGAUGCCCAGGCGUGGAUGAAGGUGGUACAGGAGCAGCUUCAGGUCAAUGACAACACACAGGGACCCCGAGCAGCCCUGGAGGCACGGUUGCGAGAGACAGAGAAAAUCUGCCAGCUGGAGCCUGAGGGACGAGUGAAGGUGGAACUGGCCCUUCGGGCAGCUGAGGCCCUUCUGGCAACCUGCCAGGAGGGCCAGAAGCCUGAGAUCCUGGCCCAGCUGAGGGAUAUCAAGUCCCAGUGGGAGGAGACGGUCACCUACAUGACUCACUGCCACAGCCGCAUCGAGUGGGUGUGGCUACAUUGGAGCGAGUAUCUGCUGGCCCGGGAUGAGUUUUACCGCUGGUUCCAGAAGAUGGUGGUCACACUGGAGCCCCCUGUGGAGCUGCAGCUGGGCCUGAAGGAGAAGCAGUGGCAGCUGAGCCACGCCCAGGUAUUGCUGCACAAUGUGGACAAUCAGGCCGUGCUCCUGGAUAGGCUGCUGGAGGAGGCAGGCUCCCUGUUCAACAGGAUCGGGGACCCCAGCGUGGAUGAAGAUGCCCAGAAGAAGAUGAAGGCUGAGUAUGAUGCUGUGAAGGCCAGAGCCCAGCAUAGGGUGGACCUCCUGACCCAAGUGGCCCAGGAGCAUGAGCAGUACCAGGAGGGUGUGAACGAGUUCCAGCUGUGGCUGAAGGCGGUGGUGGAGAAGGUACACAGCUGCCUGGAGCGGAACUGCAAGCUAACUACGGAGCUUCGCCUCUCUGCACUGCAGGACAUCGCCAAGGAUUUCCCCAGGGGCGAGGAAUCUUUGAACAUAUUGGAGGAGCAGGCUGAGGGUAUCAUUCAGAACACCUCUCCCUUGGGUGCAGAGAAGAUCUCAGGGGAGCUGGAGGAGAUGCGGGAUGUCCUGGAGAAACUGAGAGUCCUCUGGAACGAGGAGGAAGAGAGGCUGCGGGGCCUGCUCCAGUCCAAGGGGGCCUGUGAGCAGCAGAUCCUGCGGCUGGAGGCGGAGCUGGGAGAGUUCAAGAAAAGCCUCCAGAGAUUGGCCCACAAGAGCUUGGAGCCCGUGAUGAAGACAGCCACAGAGGAUGAGCUGGUGGCCCACUGGAGACUGUUCUCGGGGACACAGGCUGCACUGGCUUCAGAAGAGCCCCGUGUAGACCGGCUACAAACUCAACUGAAGGAACUUGUCACCUUCCCCGACCUGCAGUCACUCUCUGACAGCGUGGUGGCUGCCAUUCAGGAAUAUCAAAGUAUGAAGGGAAAGAACAGCAGGCUCCACAAUGCAACCAGGACAGAGCUGUGGCAGCGUUUGCAGCGGCCUCUCAAUGACCUGCAGCUGUGGAAGGCCCUGGCCCAGAGGCUCCUGGACAUCACCACCAGUCUGCCGGACCUGCCCUCCAUUCAUACCUUUCUACCCCAGAUUGAGGCGGCCCUAGCCGAAAGCUCCCGCCUGAAAGAGCAGCUGGCGAUGCUGCAGCUGAAGACGGACUUGCUGGGUAGCAUCUUCGGCCAGGAGAGAGCAGCCGCUCUCCUGGAGCAGGUGGCAAGUUCUGUGAGGGACAGAGACUUACUGCAUAACAGCCUUCUGCAGAAGAAGAGCAAACUGCAGAGCCUGCUCGCCCAGCACAAAGACUUCGGGGUGGCUUUUGACCCCCUCCACAGGAAGCUCCUAGACCUCCAAGCCAGGAUCCAAGCAGAGAAUGGGCUUCAGCGGGACCUUCCUGGAAAGCAGGUCCAGCUCCUAAGGUUGCAGGGCCUGCAGGAAGAGGGUCUCGAUCUGGGGACACAGAUAGAGGCUGUGAGGCCUCUUGCCCAGGGGAACUCUAACCACCAACACAAAGUGGACCAGAUUUCCUCUGACCAGCAAGCCCUGAAGAGGUCCCUUGAGGACCUUGUGGACAGGUGUCAGCAGAGCGUACAGGAGCACUGCACCUUCAGCCACCGGCUGUCAGAGCUGCAGCAGUGGACCACCCUGGUCACACAGACGUUGGAGUCACACCAAGGGGAUGUGAGUCUGUGGGAUACUGAGACCCAAGAGACUGGACCCGAGAGGCUGCUGGCUGAAAUUCCAGAGAGAGAGGUCCAGCUGUCCCUGCUCCAAGCACUGGGCCAACUUGUGAUGAAGAAGUCUUCCCCAGAGGGGGCGGCCGUGGUCCAGGAGGAUCUGAGGAAGCUGAUGGAAUCCUGGCAGGCCCUGCGUCUGCUAGAGGAGAAUCUGCUGAGUCUCAUUAGAAACCAGCAGCUGCAGAGGACCGAGGUGGACACAGGGAAAAAACUGGUUUUCACCAACAACAUCCCAAAGGCCGGCUUUCUCAUAGACCCCCGGGACCCCAUUCCCAGGCGGCGGCAUGGGGCAAACCUACUGGAAGAACAUGACCUCCAUGAAGAUCACUCCCAGCUCCUGAGGGACUUUGAACAGUGGCUGCAGGCAGAAAACUCCAAGCUACUUGGAAUCAUCACAAUGAGAACAGCCACAGCCAAGGACUUGAGGACCAGAGAGAUGAAGCUGCAGGAGCUGGAGGCUCGAAUCCCAGAAGGCCAGCAUCUCUUUGAGAACCUGCUCCGUGUCAGGCCAGCAAGGGACCCCACCAAUGAGCUGGAAGAUCUGCGCUAUCGUUGGAUGCUGUACAAAUCCAAGCUCAAGGAUUCCGGCCACCUGCUGACACAGACUUCUCCAGGGGAGCUGACUGCAUUCCAGAAGAGUCCGCAGAGGCGGUGGCGGAAUCCCUGCUCUCUCCUACAGAAAGCGUGCCGCGUGGCGCUACCAUUGCAACUGCUGCUCCUGCUCUUUCUUCUGCUGCUCUUCCUGCUGCCUGCCGGCGAGGAGGAGCGCAGCUGCGCCCUGGCCAACAACUUCGCCCGCUCCUUCGCGCUCAUGCUUCGUUACAACGGCCCCCCGCCCACCUAGCCCACUGGGGCGUACAGGUGACCUUCUGCAGUCCCUCAGAGGCUGGCUGCCAGGGGGAAGCUGGACGGACCAGACACCCAGAACAGCCUCAGUCUAAAUGCUGCAUCUGUUCCCAGAACAAACUUGCUUUUUCUACGAUGCCAUCUCUGCCUAUUUAUACUAAAUGUGUACUAUGUGUGGUUAGAGACUAAUGUACAGAAUUUUUAUAUGCCGUGUCUGUAUAUGCUCAGUGCAGAUGACUUCAGAUACGAUGUCUCUUUGUGCCUGUGGAAGUCCCCAGCAGUGUGCUUCCCUAAUGGGAUUUGUGACACUCGUGCCUUAGCUUCCUGCCAUCCCUGCAAGGAGAAAUCACACAUUACUUUUAUGACGACCUGUCUCCCAGGAAUCCAGAUGUCAGUGCAGAAGCCUCUGAGCUGUGAACGUAGCUGAACAGACCCCGAGCCCUGGGGCUCUUGUGCAUGUGGGCUAGAUAGAGAGAAGCAGUGAUGUCCAGGCACAGGCCCAGCCCAAGCACUGCGACCGGACAAGUGACAGAGGGAUACAGAGAGGAGCAGACUGAUGCAGUUCCACAGAGUGAUGGGGCUUAGUGUGCCCCACCCCCACACAGCAGCCACUGAUAGCACAGACCAUCGAGGAAAGCCUGUGACCAUGACCGUGGCCCCAUAUCUUCAGGAAGUGGCCGGGGUGUUGUUUGUGUUUUCUCUAGGAGAAAGAAAAUGAAAGAUGAACUUGACUUUUUAUUCUUGUGCACGAGGGUGAAGCACUUUGCCAGUGGCCUGUGCCAGUCCCAGGAGGCCUGUGCCAUCAUUGCUGUUGGGCAGUCUACAGAUUAGGGUGUGAGCUGAGGGUAGAGUGGAAACACAGGCCCACACAAGGCAGAGAGGAAAAGACUCAGCCCAUCUGAUGGGGUCUCUCUUCCUUUCCAAGAAGGAACUGCACAGAUUGGUGGGUCUACAGGGCCUAGGCAGGUACCACUCACAACCCACCCCUGUAGCCCCAGAGCUCACAAACUAGCCCCAGGCAGGGGCAAGCAAGGUGAGCUCUAGGCAUGUGUGGGAGGCAUCUGGGGUGACUCUGGUUUAUGCCCAAGGCUGGAAACAUGACCAGGGAAUUCUGGGAUGAUACCUAAGUGGAUUAAAACUGGAUCAGGUUUGCCCUAAACUGACACUUUUUUUCAUUUAGAAAAUUCUUAAUGCCCCCUUUUGACAUUAAGGGGUGCCUUCAGGCCUUGUCAUCAGAUACCCAACCACAGUGUUAAAGACCCAGAGAGGCACCUUAAACACAACCAAUACUGAGACCCUAAGAGGGACCCAACUCUAAGGUCACCACCACCCUUAUGCACACACACCAAGUCCCUCCCAAGCUGGCAUCAGGCCACAGCAUGUCUGGCUUCAUCUUAGUACAGCACCUAGGAAAGGCUGGGCACUGGCAAGCAGGAAUGCAGUGCCUUGGGGCCUGUUACUCAGCUACAAGGCCUCUCCUGCACCUAGCCACUUUACUAGGAAAUCAGGGGCGUGUGAACCCUGACUUCAGACCCUGAUAGCCGAGUCCUGAGGCUCACAAGACCAUUGGUCCACCAUUGAUCAGAAGUGUGGCAAAGGACAUCUGCACUUCCUUUUCCACCAGCCCAUUUCACAGGUGGGAAACCUGAGGCCCAGAAAAGGGAGAUCACUUCCCCACAGCCACAUAGCAGUGGGUUGGUCACCAGUCUUCAGGUGAUAUGGUGUACUAUAUAGCACAACCUCCCACACCUCCCUUCCCAGGAAGAACAGGGCUGGGGCAUGUCUCAGAGAUGAUGGAGCACCUGUCCAACAGGUGUGAGUCCUGGGUUCCAUCCCCAGAACUUAAGAGAAAAAAGAAAAAGGAGAAAAGAGAGCUUUUUCCUAUGAAUGUAGUCAUGUCUCAUGGUAAAUGCUUGGGAGGGUGAAACUGUACUAUGUGGGUGGCGGGCUGAUGGGGGAUAUAUCUAUAUUUUUAAUUAUCGAUAAUGGCACUGUGGAUUGCUUAUUUGCAUAACUUUUUUAACAGAGGGGGCUGAUAUUUUUAUUACUUUCAUAUGAAUAUAGCUGGAAUAUGACAUACUAGACAUCUCUGGGUGCUCUUCAAACUUCUUUUGCUUAAAGUGGGUAAGGCCACCUGCUACAGGCAUGUUGCCUCCUAGCCAAUUACCAUAGAGAGUUGGAAAGUGUCCCUGGGGAGAAGUGUUGGGGCUUAAAAAACUUUGAAAGUCUUUGUUAGGGGUGUGUGUGUGUGUGUGUGUGUGUGUGUGUGUGUGUGUGAUUGUUCUUUGGUCCUGCAGACAGUGCUCACAUGUAACCAGGAAUGUGUAUGUGUGAGGGUCCAAGCAGGUGAUAUCAGUGCCGUUCGUUGGUCCCCUACCCUGUGCCCCUCUUUCUGCUCCAUCUGUUCUCCAAGAAUGCAGGAGCAGAGACUGUGUUUAUAAUGCAGAUGGGUAACUGGAGUUGGUGGUCAGGACAGCAGGUGAGCUAGGAAGCCCUGGAGGUGCUGGUGGGAAAGAAGGGGGGGCUGACCACUACACAACUACACACACACAGGCUGUGCUAGUUUGGAAGAAAGUGGCCCACUCUCAGGAGGUGUGGCAUUGGUGCCGGAAGUAUGUCACUGUGAGGGUAGGCUUUGAGUUCUCUUUUGCUCACGCUUCCCUCAGUGUGAUAGUCAGUCAACUUCCUGUUGCCUUCUGGUCUGGUUGUAGCCAGUACCGUGUCUGCCUGAAUGCCACCAUGCUCCCUGUCAUGAUAAUGGACUGAACCUCUGAAACUGUAAGCCACUACCCCAAUUAAAUGUCUAAAUGUCUUCUUUGUAAGAGUCGCUAUGGUUAUAAUGUCUCUUCACAGCGAUAGAAACCCUAACAAGACACAGGCAAUGCCUUUCCUUGGGGAACCAGCACAUUCGGUGCUGGCAUUUCAUUGAAUCCCACACUGCCCACGCCAGUUCAAACCUGAUAGUUCUUCAUCCCUAAAUGUGAGAUGAGAAACUGAGGCCUUUUUUUUUUGAGGGGGGGCUUUCGAGGCAGGGUUUCUCUGUGGCUGUGGAGGCUGUCCUGGAACUAGCUCUUGUAGACCAGGCUGGUCUCAAACUCACAGAGAUCGGCCUGCUUCUGCCUCCCGAGUGCUGGGGUUAAAGGUGUGCGCCACCACUGCCCGGCAAAACUGAGGCUUUUAAAGAUAUAAAGUCACUUGUCCAUGUUCAGGUGAGACUCGAAUCCAGGGUUAUUGGGAGGAGAGGGCUUUGAGCUGGGCCACAAGCGUCAGUCUCUGUGGCCUCUGGGAAUGGUGUCACUGAGUGGCAGCUCUCUGCCCCCGGCUCCAUUGAGGUGGGAUUAGGGAGACUCAGCUUCCUGUGAUCUAUCUAGUCUGUGGCUCUUUGAGGAAUCACCUCAGCAGGCAUAGCCAUGUGUCAUUGGCCAUCCUCAUGUUGCUCCAGGACGUAAGCUCCAGGGACCUGAGGCCACUGAUGUCCCCAAUCAUUGUCCUCACUUCCCUGUGGGACCAGAGUCCUAAGAUGCUUUAGAGAAAGGAAACUGGGGUUCCUUUGCAGCCCGAGACAAGGAGAACGACAAGCCCCUAGUGAGCCACUGCUGGAAGGCCAGGUGCCAAGGGUGUGGGCCACCCUGUCAGGAUGCUCAGGCUGCCUGACAGCAAGAGAGACUGAGGGGACUGUUCUUUCUCCAUGCAGUGUGGAGCCAGGACUGACCAAAUCAACAAGCUCUGAACAGAAAGAGAGAUAGGAAGUGGGGGUAGAAGAGAGAGAAAAAGAGAGAGAGAGAGCGAGGGAGAGAGAGAGAGAGAGAGAGAGAGAGAGAGAGGAGAGAGAAGAGGAGGAGGAGGGGUGGGAGAGGGGAAGAUGGAUGGAUGGAUGGGUAGAUAGACAGACAAAUAGAGGAAGUGUCUGUCCGUCUUCAUUUUAACUCACAUAUUAAGCCCUUGGAGUUCCUUCUUGGGGCCAUACAUGUUAGAACAUUAGGGUAAACAAAGUCUAGGCCCUGCCAUCCGGACCUCCUAGACCAGGAAGUGUCUGUUGUGUAUAAGAUGCUAAACCCAGACUAGGGCCUUGGUCCUUAACAUCUGCCUCCCACACAUGCUCAACCCACCAGGAGGACCGUGGAGGAGACCCAGGGGACCUGGGGAUAAGUAGGCGGGUGUCUCACAGCCUCUGCAAGUUAAAUGUGGCUGUGACUAUGAAGGCAGAGGCGAUGUACUAGGGCGGACAGAUGAGGGUCAGGAGAGAGGGCCUGGGCAUAGCAGAAGGGAGGGAAGCUCACCAGCUGGGCCUCUAGAGGCCUCAAGGGAGAUCCUUGGGAUCUGAGCCCGGAAGCUGGGCAGGAGGCUGUCUAUAGCUGUGGACAUCUAAGUUUUUAGACACAACCCAGGAAGGAUCACACCCCGUUUCCCUCUCAGGGAGUCAGCCUACAGUGGAGGCUCCUCUGCUCCCCUCACCCUAGUCUUGUACUUUGUCCAGGUCAGCACAGAGGAGAGAAGUGGAUCAUUCCCUCCCUUAACCUACCCAUGGCAGACAUGAGUAGUUGAUCACUGAGCCUUUCUCUCUCUCCUGCCUGAAUAGAUUUCCUGAUCAGCAAAACACUUCAAGUGUUACUGCUAAUUUGUCCUGUGGGAAGUACCUUUUUAUCAUCCUCAUCCCUCAUCCUAGCGCCCCCCAGAAGACUAAAUUCUUGCCUGCUUCUUUCCCUCAACCCCCACAUUAACUUUAGAACAUUCCAGUAGUAAGAAGUCAGUUUUUCUUAGCAAGGAAGAAAGGUAGAAUGGACCAGUCUGGCCACUAUUGGAACCUGAAUCUCAGGUUCAUUCUGAGCCCUGUAUCUGGAUCUCAUGCUCUGUUAGCAGAACUUGGAGGCGUGGCCCUUUGAAGUUCCAGAAAUGGCCUCUGUGCUGCCCACUGGCUCCUGCCAGUUGCCAGGAGUCCCAGAGCCCUUCAUAUCUACUCAGGGAAUGUCCACCCUGGGAAACCUGGAGAGAAGAGAUGUGCUACAGAGGCAGCUUCUCCCUGGUCCUGCAGAGGCAGCCGCUCGCCCGUCCUGCGGAGCCUGGACUGAGCUUGUCACCUGCUCUGUGUUCAAAUCUUCCAGGACGAUCACAGUGGCUUUCAGUCAUUCGAGGCUACACUGGGCUCCUGAGAGCAACUUCUGGAAAGGGAAAAAAGGGCCACAGCUUUCUAGACUAGUGCUAACCUUCUAGCAGGGGCCCAGCAUCACCCCAUAGACAGACCCCGGGGCCUCUUUAUCACAGGGUUGCACCUGAAGGACUUAAGAUCAGCUGGCAAUUCCCCCUCAGCCCCCAGGCACAAAGGAAGGCCUUCUGUUUGUCAACAUAAGAGCAAGCACAGGGUGGGGGGUGUUUUAAAAAAUGUAACAGAAGAACAAAAGCCUAGAAUCUCCCAGCACAAGUGCUACAGGCAGCCCACUGACUCAGCACCUCCAGGCACCUGCCUGCCUUUGGUUCCCAUGGUAACAUCAUAGGUGCUCACAGGAUGGUACCCAGCCAUCCCUGAACACAGGAGGCAGCAACGGCAGAGGAGUUCGGCUUCCCAAGAGAUGCCAGUUUCCUUUCAAAGUCCAGAGCUGCCUGAGGGCCUCAGUGCCUCUCAGCUCUGUGGGGAAGGGCCAUGUGAGUCCUCCAGUCCCUGCUCAGUGCUGUUGUGCUAGACUCCUGGUGAUGCUGUGCAGAUGAGGGGCAGAGCCUUAGUCUCUCUUCUAGUUCUGAGGGAAGAGAACAGAAGAGACCCACAAGGAAGGACCUGAAAUACAGCCCAACUCCUGAGAGCCUGGGCUAUGGAGUCAUGAGUUUAGGGUUAGGUGCUGAACUCAGAGCACAGACAGAGCUAACACCUACCUAAAAGCAUCCAGCCAAUGAGUUAAGUAAGACAUUUAGAAUUCAAACCCAGGGUUAAUAUUUUUCUGCCACUGUGUGGAACUUGCCUUCAUGUUCCAUUACUUUUCCUUCCCUUGUGGACCACAGGCCACUGUUACUCCAGAAUCUUGUUAGCCUGCUGGAAGGUGCCAUUCUCGUGCAGGGGAUGCAGAGCUCCUUUCCUGUGCCCACUCUGCCAGCAAGCUCUUUGACUCCCAUUGCCAUUGGGAGUUGGGAGCACCAGGAUGGAGUGCCAGGGGCAAGGCUGGAAACAGACUCCAGCCACCGCUGUCAGGGGCAGAUGCAGGACAGAGGUUGCUUUGAGAGAUCACUGUGUGUGUGCCAAAUUCUUCUAGAAGAGCAAAGAUGCAGGGGUCUGGCAAGUUUUUGGAGCUCCUGGGAUAAAGAGGUGGACAGGGAAGGCGUGUGCAUGUCUGUGUGCAUGCGUGCACACAUGCUUGUAUGCAUACAUGUGUUCGUGCGUGCAUAUGUGUGUUUGUGUGUUUGUUACAUAAUUGUGUUUUGGUGUCCAGAGCAAUCAAAUUCAUUAUUUAAACUGUUCCCUUGUGUAAACAGUACAGAAGGACCUUCUCUUGUCACAAGUCUCUGUGAUUAUAAAACAUGAAUUUUUGAUAAGUUCAGCUUUCUGGGAAGGCAGGCAGAAUUGGAGCCAAAUGACGGUCUUGGAACAUGUGUGUGUUAUCUUGGUUCAUAUCAAGUCCAGAGCUGACUGAGGGCCUCAGCUCUGUGGGAAGGGCCAUGUGAGUCCUCUGGCCCCAGCUCAGUGCUGUUGAAAAGUUGCUUGGAGAUCCCUGCCUCUUGUUCACUUAAGUGUCAGUAAUACUCUGCAAGAUAAUUUCAUGUUUUCAUUGUUGUUUUAUGGGUUUUUUUCUUACUGUAUCUGCCCUUUGUUUGAAAAUAAAAAAAGCUCUAUUUUGGUCUAUGA